AUUUUGGUUGCGAAUAGAACUGAUAAGGUUGGUCAAUAAUCGAGAUGGAUAGUCACUUGCCAUAUCGGGCACGCAUUCCUUUCUCUUGCGUUCAAUUCAUUUCGCUGCACUCCUUCAUGUUUUUCUCGUGUUCUCGGCUUUGUGCUGUAGUCCCUAUAUCAUGAGGCUGAUGUUUGUGUUGUCAAUUGCAGAUGACACUUUGACAAGUACUCAGCCUUCACGGGGUUUCGGAAGACGUUUCCACCGAUUAUUUUUCUCGGUCUAGAAGCAAUAUGCCAAGAUCCGACUCGGAUAGGGAUGAUAUUUUCUUUGAUGCAUUUGAGGAUAUUAGAUCAGUCAGGGAGCCUUCAUCCUCGGACGAUUGUAGCACGAGUGGUAAAGGAUUAACACCAAGGGCGCUAGAGUAUGAGGUUUGGGCAAGUGAGCCCAUGAGUGUUCAAGAAAGGCGACAGAGAUUCCUGCAGGGGAUGGGAUUUGAUGACCUUGGUGCUGCUAAAGUGGAUCUUUCUCAAUGCCAAGAAGAAAUAACAACCAUCGACUCUCCUGCUAACUCGCAGGAGAGAACUAGCAGCAACAUCUCUUCUCUAGAUUCAUCUAUUCCUGAGAGUGAAUCGUCAUUUGAUGCUGCCUGUUGCAUAAGGGAUCUGGAUAGUGGAAAGAGAUAUGUAGUUCAGAAUGGCGGGCAUGAUGGACUGACUAGCUUUCUGAAGGAGGUUGCGACCGAUAAGGUGCUAUCUCUUCUGGAGUUUGAAAGCCUGGUUGGUGUUUCUCGAUCUGUUCAGAAGCUAUUACGAAGGGCAUAUUCUCACAGCCCUGCAAGAGAGACCAAGGGGGCUGUUGGCAGUAAGAAAAUGGAUAUCAGAAGCGUGUGCAAAAACUUCAUGAAGAAGAGGAGUUUUGGCGGAAUAUGCAAGUCUGAUGUCCAUGUAAAAAGCUCCACAACAAGUGUGCCAUCCAGAACAAAAGUUCAGCACCGAAAGAAGAAAAAUGCUGAAUUCUCUGCUGUCUAUAUGGGUCAGGAAAUCCGAGCCCACGAUGGUUUAAUUAGAGUGAUGAAAUUCAGUCCGUCUGGCUGGUAUUUAGCUACUGGUGGUGAGGACUGUGUUGUUAGGGUAUGGAAGAUUACAGAAGUGGAUGCAUACUCUAAAAUGUAUGGUGGAGAGAACCACCCUCAUGAGUAUGUAGAGAAAAUUAAAAUUCUUAAACCGAAGCAAGUAGAUGGACAGAGCCAUACACUUGCAGUAGUGCCCAAUAAGGGCUUCCAUAUUACCGAGAGCCCGUUACAUGAAUUUCAUGGCCAUACAGGUGAUGUCCUGGAUAUGACAUGGUCAAAAUCAGAUUGUUUGUUGACUUCAUCAAAAGACAAGACAGUCCGCUUGUGGAAAGUUGGCUCUGAUGCCUGUCUUGGAGUAUUCAGACACAAAGACUAUGUGACUUGCGUUCAAUUCAGUCCCACUGACGAGAGAUACUUCAUCAGUGGCUCAAUAGAUGGUAAAGUUCGCAUUUGGGAUGUUUUAGACAAGCGGGUAGUUAACUGGGCUGAUACGCGGAAUAUCAUCACUGCUGUUAGUUACCAAUCAGAUGGAAAGGGUUUUGUGGUUGGCACGACUGGAGGAGUAUGUCGCUUCUACGACCAAUCAGGUGAAGACAUUCAACUAGACAAAGAAUUAUUUAUGCAAGGGAAGAAAAAGUCUGCCUCCAGUCGGAUAAAAAGUCUGCAGUUAUGCACAAGUGAUUCCCCUAGAUUUCUAGUUACAUCAACAGAUUCUAAGAUCCGAGUUGCUGAUGGUUCUGAUAUCGUCCAAAAGUUUAAAGGUCCUUGGAAGUCAAAGUCUCUGUCAUCUCCAUCCCUAACAUCGGAUGGCAGAUAUCUUAUAUCUACCGGGAAGGAUUCCAAUGUGUACAUAUGGAAUUUCGAAUCAAGCAGCAAGUUACAAAAAAGCGAAGCCAAGUCGGUCCGUUCUUGUGAAAUGUUCUUCUCCAAGGACGUGACAACUGCGGUACCUUGGCCAGGAGUGCGUCAAGACAGGCACGUCAAGCCUUCCUGCUUGACGGAUAAAUCUCUUAGCGCGCCCACUUUGCGCCCUCAAGGAGAAAGCCGUUCCCCUGGUGCAAGGUUCCUCACCGACGGCAUGAGGGGGUCUGUGACAUGGCCUGAAGAGAAGCUGUCCUCUGCGAAGACCGUGAAUGCUCCCCGGCUAGCUGACUGUCUCUCCGCGAUAUCGGCUGCUUGGAACAUGGUGAUCGUGACGGCGAGCCACGGUGGAGUGAUCCGGUCGUUCCACAACUACGGCUUGCCUGUGACGCUGUGAACUGCGGUCUUGCUGAGACUGCGUAUUGAAGGAAGAAGCGAAGAAGUGUAAGUUUGGAUAUUAUUAGAUCUACUAACGAGUGACGACCUUGAGAUUUUUGUCAAUAGUGUUAGGAGUGUGGUGGAAGAAGGGUUUGGUAUAGUAGCACCAUGAAAAAGUGGAGACUGUGUUGCGGUGGGGUCUUGAACUUCUGAAAAGGAGAUUAAUCAUUGCUGAUGAUUUGUCUAUAGGUUCUCAAUUUCAUUUCUUCGAGAUGGCCUUGGUUGUUUUUUUGUAUGCCAAUAGUCGUAUUCCCUGUUUAUGAUUCAUCCUUGAUUCCAAAAAGACCAGACCAUCCAGGUCCUUGUGUUU